CUAACUAUGGCAGCGACCAUUGGAACACUGGUGGCUUACGACCACAGCUCGCAAAGUUGGGAGGAAUAUAUAGAAAUCAUACAGCAUUUCUUUGCGGCAAACGGCAUUAAUGAUGCAAACAAACAGAAGUCUGUUCUCAUUAGCGCGGUAGGCGCUGAAACAUACAGCCUGAUGCGAAAUUUAGUAAGCCCAGAUAAACCGGGAGACCGCUCAUUCGAUGAGCUGGUAAAGUUGAUGAAAGACCAUUAUAACCCACGACCCAGCGAGAUUGUGCAGCGUUUCCGAUUCAACUCCCGUGUGAGGCAACCAGAUGAGUCUGUGUCCGAGUUUGUUGCUCAACUUAGGAAGCUGGCACAGGACUGUAAUUAUGGGGUGUCAUUGUCACAAAUGCUGCGGGACCGACUAGUGUGUGGGAUAAACGAUGAACACAUACAAAGACGUUUACUUUCCGAAUCCGGCCUCACGUUUGAAAGUGCAUUAAAAUCCGCCCUAGCCCUGGAAUCUGCACACAAACACACGCAAGAUCUACAAGGAAAGACAGCGUGCAAUAGCAUACGAGAAGGGGGGAAUCCCAACGUUGCAUUCAGGCCAGGGGAAAAGAAAACAGGAGGGGAAGGAAAAACGUGUUACAGAUGCAAUGGCAGUCACGAUCCCUCAACCUGCCGUUUCAGGCAAGAAAAAUGCCAUUCAUGCGGAAAAAUAGGCCACAUUGGGCGGGCAUGUCGCAAUGCAAGAAAGCAAAGUGAUCAGAAAGCAAAUAAAAAGGAAAGGGGCCGCAGCAGCAGUAAUAGGGCACCCAGUGGGAGUAGUCACUCACACCAUGUCAGUGUCGAUUCAGAUGACGAUGAAACAGCAGAUGCAGAGCAAGCUUUUUCAAUGUACAGUAUAAAGGACAGACAUUCAAAAGUAAAACCAAUUACAGUGGACAUGGAUGUUCAUGGAGAAAAUGUGAAAUUUGAAGUUGACACUGGUUGUAGCAUUACAUUAAUGAACGAGUCAGAAUUCAAUGCAAAGUGGAAAAAUGGGAAAAAGCCCAAGAUGGGGGAAACCAGUCUGAAAUUAAAAACAUAUACAGGGGAAGACAUAAAGGUGCUGGGAGUAGCCGAUGUCAAGGUGAAUUAUCAAAACCAAUGGAACAACUUGCCCCUCUACGUAGUGAGUGGCACUGGACCCAGUCUGCUGGGCCGAAGCUGGCUAGAACAGUUGAAGUUGAACUGGGCAGAAAUUCACAACAUGAAAGUAGCUGGGGGAGAAAGGCUGACCGUGGAGCAGGUGCUGGCACAUCACGAAGAUGUAUUCAAAGAUGAGUUGGGGACGUUAAAGGGUGUCAAAGCAACCAUUAACAUUGUGCCAGGUGCUGUACCAAGAUACUUCAGGCCCAGGCAGAUCCCUUUCGCCAUGCGCCCCAAAGUGGAGGCCGAAAUAAGCCGCCUCUUAAAGGACGAGAUAAUCACACCUGUCAAACACUCAGACUGGGCGUGUCCUGUUGUACCCAUAUUAAAGCAAGAUGGGUCAAUUAGGCUGUGCGGUGAUUACAAACUCACCGUAAAUCGAGUGUCCCUUCUAGAACAGUACCCAAUCCCGAAAAUUGAAGACCUGUUCACAGCCUUGGCGGGAGGCCAGCAGUUUUCAAAAUUAGAUAUGAGCCACGCGUACGCCCAGAUUCUGAUGGAUGAGGAUUCUAAGAAAUACCUCACAGUGAACACGCACAAGGGUCUUUUCGCAUACAACCGCCUCCCUUUCGGCGUUUCCUCCGCUCCGGCCAUUUUCCAAAGAACGAUGGAGGGCUUACUGCAGGGCAUACCAAUGGUGGCUGUGUACCUGGAUGACAUUCUUGUCACGGGUCUAAAUGCUCAAGACCAUCUCAAGAACUUGAAUGAAGUGUUGGGACGCUUGGAGGAGGCAGGCUUGCGUCUGAAGAGGUCAAAAUGUGAGCUCCUGAAAGACGAAGUAUGUUACUUAGGACACAAGGUGAAUGCACAGGGUUUGCACCCAAUGAAGUCCAAAGUCAAAGCAAUCAGUGAGGCCCCGGCACCAUCCAAUGUCUCAGAGCUCAAAGCUUACCUAGGCCUGCUAAAUUAUUACAAUCGAUUUCUCCCAAAUCUGUCCACACUGCUUGCCCCGAUGCACCAGCUGCUUAGGAAAGAUGAAAAAUGGGUGUGGAAAACUGAGCAAGACGAAGCGUUCCAUAAGUCCAAGGAACUCCUUCAGUCAGCUGAUGUGCUAGUGCAUUACUCUGCAGACAAGGAGCUAAUUUUGGCAUGUGAUGCAUCUCCUUACGGGGUGGGUGCUGUCUUAUCACACAGGAUGCCUGAUGGGGCAGAGAGGCCGCUUGGGUUUAUGUCAAGAACCCUUAGCUCCGCAGAGAAACGGUACUCUCAGUUAGACAAAGAGGGAUUGGCUGUUAUUUUCGGCAUUCAAAGAUUCCAUAAGUACCUAUAUGGGCGGAAGUUUACGAUCACAACCGAUCAUAAGCCUUUGAUUACACUCUUCCAUGAAAUGAAACCUGUACCCCACAUGCUCUCACCCAGAAUCCAGAGAUGGUCGGUUCUUCUCAGAGCCUACGAAUACAAGAUCAUCUACAAGCCUGGGAAAUUCCACAGCAAUGCCGAUGGGCUCAGCAGACUGCCGGUUCCAUCCAAGCAGAAGGAGGAGGAGACACCUGAGCGGGUGCUGAUGUUGGAUCAGGUGGAUGAUAUACCCAUCAAUGUGGCCCAGGUCAGAAAAUGGACGUCCAAAGAUGUCAUACUGUCCCGAGUCUAUAGUUACAUUCUGAGUGGGUGGCCACUGGUACAAGAUUCAGAGCUCAUGCCAUACUACAGCAGGCGAAUGGAGCUGAAUGCGCAAGAUGGGUGUAUCCUCUGGGGAGCGCGAACUGUGAUUCCUCCACCAGGACGGACAGCACUCUUGAAAGCGCUCCACCAGUCGCAUCCAGGCAUGUGUCGCAUGAAGGCGCUGGCCAGGUCUUACAUGUGGUGGCCACAGAUGGACCAGGAAAUAGAGAAAAAAGUGAGUAAGUGCCAAAAAUGCCAAGAGAAUAGAAAAGCACCACCAAAUGCACCACUGCACCCAUGGGAGUGGCCGGAGAGGCCAUGGUUGCGCAUCCAUGUCGACUACGCAGGGCCAUUCUUGGGGAAAAUGUUCCUGAUAAUCGUUGACGCUCACUCCAAGUGGUUGGAGGUUUACCCCACAAAUGGCAGUACAACCCAAACAACCAUCGAGAAGUUACGCCAGUGCUUUGCAGCUCAAGGCCUUCCACAGAUACUGGUCUCCGACAAUGGCAGCUGCUUUACAAGCUCAGAAUUCUGCCAUUUCAUGGCUCAAAAUGGCAUUCAGCAUAUAACAUCGGCCCCAUUCCAUCCCUCCUCAAACGGGCUGGCCGAACGAGCAGUGCAGACUUUCAAGGAGGGAAUGAAGAAAAUGGAAGGGGGCAGCAUUGAGGCACGGGUUUCCAAAUUCUUAUUUAGCUAUCGCAUUACACCACAGACCACUACUGGGCUAUCACCAGCCGAAAUGCUGAUGAACAGGAGGCUGAGGUCUGCCUUUGACCUGUUAAAACCAGACAUUAAGUCCAAGAUCGAGCACAAACAAAUGAAACAAAAGGAGAACCAUGACAAAACUGCUCGGCUGAGAAGAUUUGGGACUGGGGAUGCUGUGUACGCCAGGAAUUAUGGCCUGGGACCAAAAUGGAUACCUGCUACUGUAGAGUCACCAACGGGCCCUGUGUCCUACACUGUCAUCCUGGGUAAUGGCCAACGCAUGAGGAGACAUGUUGACCAGGUGAGGGCUCGUCAUCCUGAGUCGUCACUGACCGUGGAAAGGACACCAGAACUUCCAGAGGCUCGCUCACCAGACGACGAGCCUGAAACAUCUUCAUGCCAGCCAGAGACAGCGCCGUCACCUCCUGGCCAGGUGAAUCUGCAGGGUUCCGCGCCCGGACGACCAGACUCGCCUGCAGCCCCUUCAGCUGAGCUGCGCCGAUCCACCAGGGAUCGGGUGUCACCUCGAUACUUGAAAGACUAUGUUAGCUAGCAGUGAGAUCAUGUUGAAGAAAAGGCAAGAAUGCGCCUUAUGAUCUCACGGAAGACAGGCAGUCUACCCUGUACUUCCUAGAUUAAAUAAAAAAAAAAAGUUGAUGUUUACAUACCGUCAAGAUAGUGUUUUCAUGAACUAGUUUAAUUCAUGAUCUUGUUACCUCUAAAUCUUGGCCUCGUUAAAAUCUAUGAUUUGUUACAGUAAGGUGGGUAUGUUACGUAUUUUUGCAUUUUACUCUGACAUGUAUUUCUAUCUUAACAGUGGGGGAGUGUAGUAAUCCCGUAGGUUUACUAGAAGUCCCCUAGGGGGCACCGUAGGAUUACCAUGGACGUUUGUAGUCUGUAACAGGCUUGCCUACGCCAGUUCAAUGUAACCACACGAUGACUGUAAGUUGCCCUGAAGUUCUCUGAAGAUAAAAGAACCAAA